AAGCAGAGAGAGACAAUGAAACAUGCUUUUCUUUUCUUUUCUCAUUGUGGAGUAAUCUUCAUUAACCAGCCUUUACAGCAAUACCCAGUUGCUCUGUUUAUCCAUUCUUAACCUUUUUUAAUUUUUAGAAUAGUUUUGUUUUUUUUUUUAAUUUUUUGCGUUGACAGUGAAACAGAAAUGUACCACGGAAAUUUUAUGCCCAGAUCAAAUCUAAGUCUUGUUAACCAGAUUUCGAAGCAUUUCUGAAAUGGGAUUUUCUUGGUUUUGAGGAUUAGUAGAGGCUACAGACAAGUGAAUUUGAAGUUGCUUUUAUAAAAAAAUGAGAGAUUUUCCAUCUUGUUUUGGGGAAAAUGGGGUACAAGUAGCUGAUUCUUCAUCAUCGAAUAGUGCUAAGAAUGCACAGAAUUUGGUUACUCUUGUCUAUCAAUCUCGUUUUCGAGGUCGGCCUUGCUUGAUUACUAUAACAUGGAGUAAGAAUUUGAUGGGUCAAGGUCUAAGUGUGGGAAUUGAUGAUGCCGCAAACCAAUGUCUUUGUAAGGUUGAUAUUAAGCCUUGGUUGUUCUCUAAAAGAAAAGGGUCUAAGAGCUUAGAAGCUUAUACUUGUGUAAUUGACAUAUAUUGGGACCUCUCUUCAGCGAAAUUCGGAUCCGGGCCUGAACCGUUGGAGGGAUUUUAUGUUGGUGUUGUUGUUGAUAGGAAAAUGGUUUUGCUUCUUGGGGAUAUGAGAAAAGAAGCUUUCAAGAAGACCGGUGCCAUCCCUGCUCCUUCUAAUGCUGUUUUAGUUGCUAAAAGGGAGCAUGUUUUCGGCAAGAAAUUGUUUAGUACCAAGGCACAAUUUUGUGAUAAUGGGCAAAUUCAUGAUCUUGUGAUUGAAUGCGAUACAAGUGGCAUUAAUGAUCCUUGCCUUAUGGUUCGUGUAGAUGGAAAGACGGUCAUGCAGGUGAAGAGGCUGCGGUGGAAGUUCAGAGGAAAUUAUACUAUUUUGGUUGAUGGGUUGGCAGUGGAAGUGUUCUGGGAUGUGUACAGUUGGCUCUUUGGUGCAUCACUUGGAAAUGCUGUUUUCAUGUUCAAGACAUGCCUUUCAGCCGAGAAGUUGUGGGCUAGUGGACCUCUUUCCGAGCCAAACACAUUGCCUUGGUCUUUCUCACAGAGGUUCCUCGAUUCAAAGUCACAAGGUCUUGGUUUUUCGCUGGUUUUGUAUGCUUGGAAGAAUGAAUAGAGGCAUAUAGGAAUUUUUCUUUGAAAGCUAACCGAAACUUUUAGCGAGUGGUAUUCUACAUAUGUGUUAUUGAUUUACAUUUAAAUUGAUUAAAAUGGGGUACAUUUGUAUUUUUUGUCAUGCUUUUUACUCUUGAGUAACCGGAGUCUGGAGCAAUCGAAUGGGUUUAAGGCGAUUUUAUUGUUUUAGUGAGAUAGAUGUAUAUUCUAAAUGUACUGUUGUUAAUUUC